UAGAGUAGUUACCAUCUGUAAUGUAAUAAAUAGUAAACACAGGUUACCUACUAUUAUUGAGCAAAGCUUCAUAGAAGAUUUUUUGAUUCUUCGUUUCCAUUCUCUCUGUUUCAUUGUUGAUCCACCAUUGAUAAACCUUCAAGCUCGCUUUCUUUCAUAGCUAACUCUCACUGCCAAGUUUCAUCUUAAGCCUUACACGCGGACUCCAUAUAUAUAUAUAUCAAAGAACACAAAUAUAUAUAGCUAGCUAGGCCGACUCAAGGUUGAUCAAACUCAAAAGAGCUAUAGCUAUGGAGGAGACUACAAGUGCAGGGACAGUGGUGCAAGAGCAGCAGGCAAUAUUGAUAAACAAAAAUGAGAAGAUCAAGAAGCUGAAAGUAAUGGUGGCAAUCGAUGAUAGUGAUGGAAGCUUCUAUGCACUGAAGUGGGCAGUUGAUCACUUGUUUGUGGCCAUUGGUGUAGCACCAGAAACGAGCGUAGAGGAGGUGGGGAUGGUGGUUCUGGUUCAUGUUAAGCAGCCCUUUCAGCACUUCACAGUCCCAGCUGGUCCAGGGGGAGCAAUCUUUUAUCCACCAACUUCGGUAGUGGAAUCAGUGAGGAAAGCCCAGGAAGAAAGUUCUGCAAUCCUACUUUCUCGUGCAUUACAGUUAUGCAAAGACAAGAUGGUCAAAGCUGAGACCCUAGUUCUUGAUGGAGAUCCGAAGGACAUGAUUUGUCAUGCAGCGGAGCAAAUGCAUGCUGAUCUCUUGGUAGUGGGCAGCCGUGGCCUUGGCAUGAUCAAAAGGGCAUUCCUAGGCAGUGUAAGUGAUUACUGUGCACAUCAUGCAAAAUGUCCCGUCCUAAUUGUGAGGCCACCAAAGGAGUCUAGCACAUAGUCAUGCCAUGGCCUCUAGAGUCUAGAGUGAUAUUUUUAGCUCUCUGUCUCCUUGUGCUAAAAGACGUUUCAUGUAUCUUCUUGUAAGUUGUAAUAAGGAUCGUUCGUUCAGAUCUUCUGUUGUGCCAUCCAAUUUCUUGGCUUUGUAAAUUUUGUAGAGGAGAAUAUUGCUUAGUGGUAACUAAGCCAAAAUAAGAAAUUUGUAAACUGGUAACAUGACAUACUGCAAUGAUGCUCUUACUUGUGAACCACCAGCCAAAAAAAAUUGGACGUUUCGCCAUUUUGAUGAAAGCAAAAGGUCUUCAAUCUGCUGUGAUCGUUUGUGGUGGGCUUUAUAAGAAAAUUGUAUUAUUUCUUCUC